GGGUUACUACUUGGUGUUGCUGCUGGUUACUAUGUAGGAUGUGGUAGAAUUAGCAGCCAGGCUGGGUAACUUUUAGGUAGCUUUAGGGGGGCAUCUGUUUUAUUGGCACUGAGAGAGACUGUGAAAGUAUGCGUGUGUGUGUGUGUGUGUGUGUGUGGGGGGCCACAUCCUUUUACAAAACGUUUCUCCACUAUUACGGUAUUGUGGGUGCAGGACUGCGGUGGGUAAGGUGUGAGUUGGUGGCCAGGUAGCUAGUAGAGAGGAGAGAGAGGAGAGACUAGUGACUAACUGUGUACUACGUACAGGACUGAGGUGGGUAGGUGGCCAGGUAGCUACAUGGUAGAGAGGAGAUAGAGAGAGACUAGUGACUAACUGUGUGCAGUACUGAGGUGGGUAGGUGGCCAGGUAGCUAGUAGAGAGGAGAUAGAGAGUGACUAGUGACUAACUGUGUGCAGUACUGAGGUGGGUAGGUGGCCAGGUAGCUACAUAGUAGAGAGGAGAGAGAGAGAGACUAGUGACUAACUGUGUUCCACUACAGGACUGAGGUGGGUAGGUGGCCAGGUAGCUAGUAGAGAGGAGAUAGUGAGAGACUAGUGACUAACUGUGUGCAGUACUGAGGUGGGUAGGUGGCCAGGUAGCUACAUAGUAGAGAGGAGAUAGAGAGAGACUAGUGACUAACUGUGUGCAGUACUGAGGUGGGUAGGUGGCCAGGUAGCUAGUAGAGAGGAGAUAGAGAGAGACUAGUGACUAACUGUGUGCAGUACUGAGGUGGGUAGGUGGCCAGGUAGCUAGUAGAGAGGAGAUAGAGAGUGACUAGUGACUAACUGUGUGCAGUACUGAGGUGGGUAGGUGGCCAGGUAGCUACAUAGUAGAGAGGAGAUAGAGAGUGACUCACUGUGUGUAAUUACUACAGGACUGAGGUGGGUAGGUGGCCAGGUAGCUAGUAGAGAGGAGAUAGAGAGUGACUAGUGACUAACUGUGUGCAGUACUGAGGUGGGUAGGUGGCCAGGUAGCUACAUAGUAGAGAGGAGAUAGAGAGUGACUAGUGACUAACUGUGUUCAACUACAGUACUGAGGUGGGUAGGUGGCCAGGUAGCUAGUAGAGAGGAGAUAGAGAGUGACUAGUGACUAACUGUGUGCAGUACUGAGGUGGGUAGGUGGCCAGGUAGCUACAUAGUAGAGAGGAGAUAGAGAGUGACUCACUGUGUGUAAUUACUACAGGACUGAGGUGGGUAGGUGGCCAGGUAGCUACAUAGUAGAGAGGAGAUAGAGAGUGACUCACUGUGUGUAAUUACUACAGGACUGAGGUGGGUAGGUGGCCAGGUAGCUACAUAGUAGAGAGGAGAUAGAGAGUGACUCACUGUGUCUAAUUACUGCAGGACUGAGGUGGGUAAGGUGUGGGGAGAGCUGGCCAGCAGGGACCCCAGUCUCCUGGAGCCGUUUGAGCGGUUCCUGAGUGGAGUCAUGUCUGAGCUGAAGCAGUCCCAACACGACAAGGAGAAACUGGAGACACACAUGAAGAGAGCAAUGGACCAGCACAACAGAGAGGUAAUGGAGAUGGAGGACCUUCUGGAACAACACCUCAGUGAGGUCCAGGAAGACCACCAGAUCAAGAGUGCUACAAAGACGCAGCUGCUGUCCAGUAGGUUCCAGGCGUUGCUGGCCGCGAGGGACCAGGUGAUCCACCAGCUGGCGGACAAGGAGACCAGACUCAAGAAGGAACUCCAGAACAAGUCUCGCAGCGAAGAGAGACUCAUAGAGGAGAGAGAGGGCCUGCUCAAGGCCAACUACCUGCUGAAGGACCAGAUGGACAAGUCACUAAGGUCUCUGUCUCUCUCCCGACGGGCCGUCAAGAAAGGUCUUCAUCGGUCGGCCACCGUGGAGGGGGGCCCUAACUCUCUCCAGGGGAGUGUGGAGGUCCACCACUCCAGGCAACUACCUGCAGUACCUGUCUCUGGCAGUCCACCUGUUCAAUACUUCCCUCCUAAGAAGAGCCCUCGUCACAGCUCCCCACAAACCAGCAUUCCUCGAGAGUUGUCACGGGAACUGGCCGAGUCCUCAGACCACACCCCCUCCAGUCGGGAGACCACACCCCGCCCACACGUCCAGGGUGAACCGGCCGAGGGGACCGGCGAGAGGAAAGAGGCAGAGGUGGAAUUUAGUCUGGACCCCCAUAUUGAGGGGUUUGAAAGUCGACCCCCCAGCCGUGUCCUAAAGACCAGUGCGGACGCCACUCGAGACAAAAACCUUCACCACGAGCUAUACCAGCACGACCCUUCUCAAGCCCCACCCACUGAUGAUCCUGGGUCACAUGACCCUCACGUGACAAAAGCCACACCCACCAACUCCGCCCUCUCUCACCUGACCAACGACAUUCUCACGUACAGCAGCCAGGUUUCCCGGGGGACACCUGCUGCGACAUCGUCGGUCUCUCAGUCGACAUGGUUACCUAACAGGAACGAGGUACAGCGAUCGUCUUCUCCCAUGGCCGUCAACAGAGUCUUCAAGGUUGUCUUUCUCGGUAACAGCGGGGUUGGAAAGACGUCGCUAAUCGUGAGGGUGUGUCAGGGUCAGUUCGCCCCCGUCUCCUCCACCCUGGGCCUCGACUUCUGCACCAAGACACUCACAGUGGGUGAGGAGAGGGUCAUCUUCCAGCUCUGGGACACCGCCGGACAAGAGAGGUUCCACAAUGCCCUGACGUCAGUCUACUUCCGGAGAGCAGAUGCAUUUGUCAUUGUCUACGACGUCACCAGUAAAGAGUCGUUCAAGAGUGUUCGCAGCUGGCUCAGCAUCAUUACCGCCUCGCUGAGGGAGCACCCUCCGGUGCUAAUGUUGGUGGGGAACAAGAGUGACAGUAGUUCAGAGAGGAAGGUGACCAGCGAAGAGGGCCGCCUGCUUGCUCUGGAGCUCCAUGCAAUGUUCUCAGAAAUGAGUGCCCUCUCGGGGACCAACGUUCUCCAGGCUCACCAGACCCUAGCCAGCCUCCUCCUGGCCAGAGAGAACGAGGAACUCGAGAAAGCCAGGAAGGCAUCUCUCCAGCUGAACGCCCAGUCUCAGAAGAGAAGGUGCUUCUGCUGAGCUGAGCUCUCUCUACUGCGAUAGACACAGUGUCUUUUCAAUCAUUUUUCAUCCAUUUCCUGGUUUUUUUCUCGAUUAAUGUUGUAUUAUAUAUAUAUACCAUUGUCUAUAAUAUUAUGUCUCUUUGUUAUUCCCAUACAAUUGACAGUAUUGAUCAUGGAUUUUGCAGGCUAUGAAAAGA